AUGUCUCGAGAGGGAUCCCAGUCACCUCCAAGGAAGUCCCUAAUUGCAUCGAGUGCCAUGUACUCUGCCAAUGGAUCACCAACUCCAGGCUCGGCAUCUUCAGAUAGAAUACAAGCAUUAACAACAUCGUCUAGUCGGCCCAGUUCGGUUUUCGAGACUAGGAAUGUCAUAUCACCACGACAAUUAGCGAAACAUGCUGUUGUCAAGAAUACUAGAGAACUUUUGUCUUCGAUCAGUACUGUGACAAAGAAUAGAACUGGGUCUGUCCUUGGACGUCAACUUAUUCUGAAAUCGGAUCAUUUUGAUACUGCUUUAAACACUCAACUCGAGUUCUACUUACAAGGAGCUCCCAAUUUCAGAUUCACUGAUCUCAAUAUAUACGGAGUCGCUCAACCUACCGUGUCAGGUGUAUCGACCGUCUUGACACUCCUGAACUGUCAUCCUACCGGUGAUCCAACUGCUUCUGCUAUAUGGUUUUCGGCUAGAGAAGAGCCUCUUGUAUAUAUCGCUCGCAAGCCAUUCGUGCUCAGAGAAGAAGAGUCGCCGUUACAAAAUAUCAAGUCGUAUCAAGGAAUCAGUAUAUCGAGACUAGAACAAAUGGAAGUACGAUUGAAAGAGGAUGUCAUUCGGGAAGCUACAAAGUACAAUCAGAUGAUUCUUGUUCAUGAUGAACUAGAUAACGGACGAGUAGUCCCAUCAUGGAUGUCAGCAGAUAUAGUGCAAACGCCACGAGAAGUGUUUAAUUCCUUUUGUGAAUAUGGAUAUCGUGUGCAGUAUAUUCGUAUACCAGUCAGUCCCGAACAAGCACCUGAAGAUCGAUACUUGGAUGAAUAUGUCAAUGCUAUCAAGAAUAGCAAGACUUCUGAAGCUCUUGUCUUUAAUUGCGGGAUGGGUGUCGGUAGAACAACAUUCGCAAUGGUCAUGGCUACACUAGUUCGGAGAGGACAGCAUCUAGCAGAAGGCAAAGAAGAUCCGGUUCCCAUUGGUGGUGUGACUCUCAAAGGAGGAUCUGAUGGAUCAUCGGACCUGUUGGUUGACAAUGAUGAUUUCCAAAAGACUCGUGCUGUACUCAAGUUGAUGUAUAUUCUCGAAAGGGGUCUUGAGGGCAAGAUUGGUAUGAGAUCCACUGUCGAUCGAGUCCUUGCUAGGCCAGCAGUCAUUGACGACCUGAAGAAUGCUGUGCUGGGGAACUAUCAAGUCGUGUUACAGUUAGCUAGUGUGUUGCAACAAGGCGCGAGAACGAAAAGAGUGUUGGAUGAAGUUGUUAACCAAUGCGAUGUCAUGAUUAAUUUACGGGAAGUGAUAUUGAUGCAUCGUGUUGCAUAUGCCAGUACCGGUGAUCCCGUCAUGUUGGAGAAAGCAUUAGGUUGUUUGGAACGAUACUUUUUCUUAUUGGCAUUUGCCUCAUAUGUGAAUGAAAACUCGAGCGAUGGAUUCCAAACACCGUUUAGUAUUUGGCUUGGAGCUCGACCUGAGAUCUUCAGAAUGCUUGAAGGCAUGAGACGUAAAGGACCCAGACUGUAUUUGUUUAGACCCGUCGAAGAUUUGGGUGUCUUGUCUGAAUCUGUCACUCCUUCUUCAAAGCUGUUGCGUACUUCCACUCAUCAAGGUGGUGAACGUACGCAAGAGAAUGAAGCGGAGAAGUAUGUCAUCAAGUCACGACAAGGAACAGUAUUGGUACCCAACACAAUUCUCAAAAUGGACUUUUGGUCAUCUUCAAGUUCGUCUACGAAUGUUAUUGAAGGAGCUGCCAACUUCAGGAGGAUCGCCACACAAAAUAUAUAUGGAGUUGCCCAACCUACUGUUCAUGGAAUGGAGAAUGUCAUGGCCAAUUUGAAGCAGACUGAUCCAUCACUGACUGCUGUGAUAUGGUUGAAUCUUCGAGAGGAACCUUUGGUGUAUUGCAAUGGUAUCCCAUACGUCUUACGAGAUCGCUACCUCACACUCCGAAACAUUCGUUCAUACUCUGGCAUAACCGGAGAACGUCUCGAACUAAUGGAAGUUCGACUUAAACAAGACGUCCUUCAAGAACUCGACAAUUACGAUAAUCGGAUUCUCCUACAUGCUGAAACACCGGAUGCACAAGUUGUCCCUGUAUGGGAAGACUGUACUGCCGAACACGUACAAACAUUACGAGAAGUCAUUGAUGAAUUGAAACAUGAGGGUCAUCCCCUUGAAUACAAUCGGGUGCCUAUGACUGCUGAGACUGCUCCCGAUGAGUCUGAUUUGGAUACGCUGUUGCAGUUAUUGACUAGGAGGGCUACUAGGACUAGCGCUAUUGUUGUCAACUGUCAAAUUGGACAAGGUCGCUCGACAGUCGGAACAGCGGUGGCAUCCUUGGUAAUGCACUGGCUGAACAAUACCAAACCGUCUCAUUACGACGCCAUGCCACCAAAUGCCAAACCACGAAUCAAUUACCAAAUCAUACACUCGCUUUUACGGGUCAUUCGUAAUGGUCUGGAAUGUAAAAACAUGGUGGAUUCCGUCAUUGAUGAUUGUGGACAAUUCAUGAAUAUUCGUGAUUCGAUUGAACAGUGUCGUUUACAAGCUGAGAAUGAGUCUGAUAAGGAUUUGAAAAAGAGGGCGGUUCGCCGUGGGUUGUUGAAUCUGAAGAGAUAUUUCAUUUUGAUUCUAUUUCAAUGCUACCUGGAUCAAAAUCGUCUCGAUCACGUUACUCAAAGGAAUGAAUCAUUCAAGUUAUGGAUGGAUCGACAUCCUGAAUUUGCAACUAUACGAGAAGAUUUUGAGAAUGCUGAUAUUCAAGCUCUUGUGCCUGUUGAAAAGUUGGCGCCUGGUGACGGAGUGGCGCUGACAAAUGAAGUCCUGAAAGUGGUUAAUUCACGAAAUGGACAAGUGUUGGCUCAGCAGACUAUAUUGAAACAUGAUAUGUUCCCUGGAUGUCAGAAGCUGUCCUUGUCUGAGAGAAUUGAAGGUUCUCCCAACUUCCGUUGCAUAUCCCUAUCAACAGUCAAAUCCCUCGCAACAUUUGGCAACUCUGUUAUCGGGUCGCCAAAUCCUGCCACUACACCCAUCGCAUCAUCAUUCCAUGCUUCUGCUAUGAUGGGAUCAUCUAUAACAGCAUUGAAUGCGCCCAUGUUGGACAAGGCUGGUGAAGGACCGUUCGUGUAUGGUGUUGCUAUGCCUACCAAAGAUGCUAUUAGACGAGUGCUGAGUCGUAUCGAUGCUGGACCUGGUGGUUCGAGAUACCUGUUGUGGACCUGUCUGAGGGAGGAACCUGUUUUAUAUGUGAAUGGUCGGCCAUAUGUUUUGAGAUUGUUUCAGGAGCCUCUCAAGAAUUUGGAAGCAACUGGCAUAUCGCGACUUCGAGUUGAAAGAAUGGAACAUCAAAUGAAGUUGGAUGCCAUCGCUGAUUCCAGGCGAUAUGGAGGACGUCUUCUAUUGCAUGAAGAGGAAGGAGAUGCUAAAACUUACUCCAUUGUGCCUGUUUGGGAAACAGUCAAGGAACAAGACAUCCAAACACCCAUGGAAGUUUUCAAGAGCAUAGAAAACGAAGGAUUCCAUGUCAACUACCUUCGUAUACCGAUAACAGAUGAACAAGCACCCAUUCCAAACGUAUUUGACGAAAUGGUUGAACGGCUGAUGGGUGUCCAAGGCAACACUGAUGCCAUGUUCAACUGUCAAAUGGGUCGAGGACGUACCACAACCGGUACCGUGAUCGCAUGUCUCAUGGAAAUGAUUGUGGGCAACGAUAAAGUACUGCUGAAUGCCUCUUAUAUUGAUGAAGCUGACAUGAUGUCUGAAUCGAUUGAUAAGUCUGACACGAGUGCUGGUGGAUUGUCGCCAUCUAUGAAGAGAUAUCAAAAUGGAGAGUAUAAGAUGGUGCUGCAACUUAUUGGAGUUUUGGCUUAUGGGAAAUUGAGUAAGAGGUUGACGGAUAAGGCACUUGAUGCCUGUGAUCAUAUACAGAAUCUGAGGGUUGCGAUUUUGGAUUACAAGUUGAGAGUUGAAGCCCUUGAUCCCAAGUCUCCAAAAUAUGCUCAGUUGAGAGAUGUUGGAUUGAACUAUCUAGUACGAUACUUUUUCCUGCUAUGCUUUGCAGACUAUCUAUUAGAAGAAGCUACUCAAGUUGACCGUACCUUGGCUACACAAACACGACCCUCAGCCCUCUUCGACCAUGACGAUGAGGAGGACGAUGACGACCUAGAAGAAGAAGAUGAGGACCAUACAGGAUCUGCCAUGACGAGUGCCGGAUACUGGAAUAUAACAGGAAACAACAAUAAUGGCAGUAGAGGUGAUACACCACAACCUGGAAAAGCACCACCGAUCGAUAUGGCUAGUUCUUUUGAAGAACAUUUUAGAUCACAAGAACGAUUGUCUGUUGCUAUAAACCCGUUGACUCGACCACGCAUAACGUUUAGUGAAUGGUUGCGUGAGAGACGGGAGAUUUUAAAUAUUGUUAGGAAGCAUAAUCAAACUUUGGACUAA